AUGCCAAAUAAUAACGACGACCCGCCUGAUCGGGGUCCAAACCCUUUUCGUAAAAGCGGAAUAAUAUCGAGAUCUCCUUCUUCCGCAAAACCCAAGCGACUUUUUAGUGAAAAUUCGCCGUCAAUCAAUGCUUCACCGGAAAUAAAUCGAUCCGCAUCUCAAAAUACGGUUUCGCCUAGGUCCGACGAUAACAUUGAAAAAGAGGAUAAUUAUUGCGAUUUGGUUUCUGAGGCCGCGAAUUAUUUGUCCAAAAUAAAUGAACUCGUGAAUGAUCAGGGUUCACGUAUGAACGUCGCGAAUAAGUCUGCGAUAAUGGACUUUACUCAGCGCAUCACAGCAAUCGUUUCGGUGUUGGCCCUAAAGUCAUCGUGCAACGAAACCAAGUUAGCCAAUGCGCAACGGGAGCUAGAAGGUAUCAAGAAUUGUCCCCGUCCUACUCCACCCAAAGCGGACGGCAAAAUGACCUACGCGAGUUCCGUUAAGCUCCGUCUGCCAAAACAAGCCCCGGCAAUGGAGCCUCGCGCGCCUCUCCCGUGCGUAGUGGCUUACCCGACUAGCGAGCGGACAGCUGAUCUCACGUCAUCGUCUGCCACGAAACAGGCGCUGUUUAAUGCAAUUAAACCUAGCGACGACGGAUUUCAAAUCGUAGGCGUUAAAAAAACCGCGAAAGCUGGCGUUGUACUUCGCGUUGCCAACGAACGUCAGAUUCACAAACUCCAGUCGGUGGAUGCAUUAAAAUCAGCUGGUUUACGUUUAGAGAAACCAAAAGGUCGACGUCCGCGAAUUUUAAUUAAAGAUGUCCCAUCCUCAAUGGAAGACAAACCGUUUUUAACAGCUUUGUAUCGGCAAAAUAUUAAGGAUGAAAUGCCAAUUAAGGAGGACGAUUUCAUUAAAUCCGUAAAAAUCGUUCGGCGACGUAGUUUGGAACACGGACGUAAAUGGAUAGGCGUGGAAAUUGAUUCGGAAGUGAGAAAACAUCUAGUUGCGACCAAAGACAAACUAUUUAUAGAUUGGGCAACUUGCAGGUUUAUUGAUGACGUGGAGAUAGUCCGCUGCCUCAAUUGCCAACAAUACGGGCAUGUGCAUAAGUUCUGCACCAUUAAAACACCAACUUGUGCCGUUUGUGCCGAGGCACAUGAAACCAAGGCUUGUCCACAUAAGGACAAUCGUGAUUUUAAGCCCGUAUGCGCAACUUGCAAACGUUUUAAGAAACCCCACGACCAUCGCUGUGGGAACAAUAUCAACACGCUCGACUGCGUAGCAGAGUCGUACAGCUUGAUAGCAGCUCACGAGCUGGCAUUUAUGUAG